AGGACUGCUGAGUCACGCAACCGCGCCCGCCCUAGAGCUCCUCCUCUGAGUCUGGAAAGCUGCCGGCUCUGUGUAGCCCUAGGGGUCCUGGAGGAGGGCAGGAAGGGGAGCAUCAGAGCUGGUCUGGCUAGGUCAGCCCAUCCCUCCCCUCCCGCUGGCAGCCCCUCCCCCAGUCCCCCGCCUCUCAAACACCGGAUCUGAGCAGUGAACAACACACUGGCCGGCGGCUCCAAGCUGUCAUGGACCCUGAAGGCCUGGCGCUCCUGCUGCCCCAUGCCACUCUGGCCACCCUGGCGGACAGCUGGCUCCGAGAGGAUUGCCCGGGCCUCAACCACGCCGCCUUGGUCACAGGUGCGGCCCCCUCGCAGGCAGCGCUGUGGGCCAAGUCCCCAGGGGUACUGGCUGGGAGGCCUUUCUUUGAUGCAGUCUUUGCCCAAGUCAACUGCCAGGUCUCCUGGUUCCUCCCCGAGGGAUCAAAGCUGGUGCCCGUGGCCAGGGUGGCUGAGGUCCAGGGCCCUGCACACUGUCUGCUGCUGGGGGAGCGUGUGGCCCUGAAUGUGCUGGCUCGCUGUAGUGGCAUUGCCAGCACUGCCGCUGCCGCUGUGGAGGCUGCCAGGGCGACUGGCUGGGCUGGGCACGUGGCAGGCACGAGGAAGACCACGCCAGGCUUCCGGAUGGUGGAGAAGUAUGGGCUCCUCGUGGGCGGAGCUGCCUCCCACCGCUAUGACCUCGGUGGGCUGGUGAUGGUGAAGGACAACCAUGUCAUGGCGGCCGGAAGUGUGGAAAAGGCAGUGCUAAGGGCCCGGCGGGCAGCCAACUUUGCCCUGAAGGUGGAGGUGGAAUGCAGCAGCCUACAGGAGGCUGUGGAGGCAGCCGAGGCUGGAGCAGACCUCGUCUUGCUGGACAACUUCAGGCCUGAGGAGCUGCACCCCACAGCCACAGCACUGAAGGCCAGGUUCCCGAGUGUGGGCGUGGAGGCCAGUGGGGGCAUCACACUGGGCAACCUCCCUGAGUUCUGUGGACCCCACAUCGAUGUCAUCUCUUUGGGGAUGUUGACCCAGGCUGCCCCAGCCCUUGAUUUCUCCCUCAAGCUGUUUGCUGAAGGGGCCACUCCAGUGCCCCACACCCACCAGCCCUGAAGCCAAAGGGGAUGAUGCUGGCAGUGGAUGACAUGGUUUCUUGAGACCCUCAAGGUUACAUAUCUUUAUGUAUAGUGACCAAUAGGAUGCUCUCGGUGUUAGCCUGGGCUAAAGCCUGGAUCUGCCACUUACUGCUUGUGUGACCUCAGAGGGCUGACUUCACCUCUGCUCACUUCAGUUUCCUAAUCUGUAAAAUGGCCCUAAUAAAUGAUCAACAUUA